AUGGUGGAGACACGUAGCAAAAGCAAAUCAGUUGCGAACUUAACGGUUGUGGAAGUCGAACGAUCGCAUCGCGAUCGCACCGACCGAUCGCGCCGCGACCGAGCGGCUUCAACAACCGCAAUUGAGGACGUAUCGGCAUCAUCAGCUAGAAUAGUCACACAAACGGCGGACGCCUCCACCUCGGUACCAGCGUCAUCUCGCUGUACCAAGCGUCCUACUGACACCACUAGCUCACAUCAUAGAGUCGAAGCCCAUACGUCAUCAACUAAUAAGACACAUAGCUGUUGCAGCAAAGAGCGCUCGCAGUCCUCGCGGUCGGCCGCGACUGUCCGCGCCCAGAAGCUCGCCAUCGAAGCGGAACUCCUGCGAAGCAGAGUGGCACGUCAACGUGAACUCUCGCGUCAACAGGCGGAACGCGAGCAACUAGCUCGUUUGGAGUUCGAGGCUGAGCAGAAAGAGUUGGAAGCUAAACUCGCCGCACUGGAUGCCAAAGAUAAGUCUGCGCAUUCACAUAGUUCUCGUCAUUCCAUUCGCGAUACCGAAAUACGUACAGCGACAUGGGUUUCACAGCAAAAUGCGAACAUGACCAUGGCACAUGUGAACAUACCCGGGAAUGCACCGACUGUCACCUUGGACGAUAACCAAGGACCUAUAUUACAGCCGGCCGCCCUUCCCACCACGGUCUCGUCACAUAUACCACAUGUCAACCACGCUAACCAAUCGAAACCUGCACGUACCAUUGGCGACAACUACACAACCGUAGCCAGACUCCCAUCAACUGAGCACCCACCAGCGGACCCCAUAGCCCAACUUACCCACGCAAUCAACAGUCUGUCUAACCAUCCUAAAAAGCCCGAUCUCGUCCCCUUCUCAGGUGACGUUAAUCAAUGGAUGGCCUUUAAAAGUUGUUACGAAAGAACUAAACUAAAUUUUUCCGCAACAGAGAACCUAACACGUUUAAACAACGCCAUUCGGGGACCGGCGUACCAGGCCGUGGCGUCACUCCUGUGGACCUCUUGCGACCCCCAGGCCGUUAUGAGCACAUUGGAGCAGACUUAUGCCCGACCAGAAAUUCUCGUCGCCCGUGAGGUCGCAGAGCUACGCAACACCCCAAAGUUAAGUUCCCCUGAAGACUUAAAUUCACUUGCAAAUAGAUUGCGUAAUUUCGUAGCUACUUUAAAAUUAGUAAACCAGUACGACUAUCUAUAUUCACCCGAGCUUUUUCGUAUAAUUUUACUUAAAUUAACCGAACACACUAGAGCUCGUUUUACGGAUUUUGCUGCAACUCACGUAAGUGAGCAACAAUGUGUAGCAAAAAUAGAGUUGCUGUCACAAUUUUUAUUAGUAGAAGCAGACAAGCAACUCCGUUACAACUUUGUACAAGACUAUACUAUCAAGCCGCACACCAUACAUUCUAGGGUCCAUAGUAACAUAAAAAAGGAAACAAUACAUGUUACGGCUUCUAAUAGUAAGACAUCAGAAUGUACAUACUGUAAACAGGGUUGCCACAGUAUAAAGUCUUGUAAGAUAUUUUUGUCUCUUACAGUAGAUAACAGAUGGCGUUGGGUUCGAGACAACAAAGUCUGCUAUCGCUGUCUCAAAUCGAAUCCUCAUAAAUGGAACAAUUGUCGAGCUAAAUGUUGCGGAGUCAAUGGAUGUUCACGUCGUCACAACUCUCUUCUACAUGGCACGCCGCCCGACGAUAUUAAGACUAGUCCGACAUCUAACAUCCAUUGCACUCAAAUACCACUCGACAUUACAACCGUUCCUACAGAUAUAGCCAACGAACCCAUUAAAGUCGCUAAUACGUCCGACAUCUUAAUUAACACAACAGGUGCACCUUCACGUCCACGCGGAUUAUUGAAAGUAUUACCUGUCAUUCUCGAAGGUCCUGACGGCGAAUACGAAACUACAGCGCUGCUAGAUGAAGGUAGUACGGCAACGCUAAUUGAUAAUAAGGUGGCAAUGCGCAUCGGCGCCAAGCCCGCCUGUCAAGAGCGUCUUCGUAUCGAAGGUGUAAACGGUAUGUCAAAAGAUGUUGACGUUGGUUACGUAAACUUCUAUAUCCGAGGACGUAACCUAUCCGACCGCUACUUAGUAGAGCACGCACGUGCUAUCAAUCCGCUAAGCUUGCGUGUUCGAAGCCAAAACAUAACCGACUACAUGGACUACCAGCACCUGUCAGACCUAUCUGAGGAACUUUCAUGCGCGAAUGCCACACCUAGUGUUCUCAUUGGAGCCCCUGACUGGCAUCUAUCCCUGAGCCGCGAGGUAAGAUGCGGAAAAAGGAAUGAACCCGUCGCCUCGAGAACAUUACUAGGUUGGGUACUCCACGGUGCCAUGUCAUCAUCAUCCAAACCGCUCGAUUUCGUUAAUUAUGUUUGUGAUGAUUUGGACAACCUUAUAAAACGACAGUAUGAGAUCGACUCCUUGGGUAUAACAAAAAACUUACCACUCGUUAGUGACGACGACAAGCGAGCGAUAGACACUAUCGAAAAUUCUGCUCGCCAGCUUGAAGAUAAUCACUACGAAGUUGGAUUGCCCUGGAAAAAGGUCCUACCAACUCUCAUACCUGAUAGUUACCCACAGGCACUAUCCCGUCUCAGAGCUCUUGAAAGACAAAUGUCCAAAGACGAGUCAUUUGCGGCAGCAUAUCACAAUUUUAUUAAUGAUAUCGUCCGUAAAGGUUAUGCCGAAGAGUGUGAUCCACAGACGUAUUAUAAACGACGGCCACAGAAUAUUUCCUGUACUAAUCCGAAUGGUACAAUCCGUUGGUAUCUGCCAACCUUCGGGGUAUUUCACCCACAGAAGAAAAAGUUACGAGUGGUUCACGACGCGGCGGCUACCUCAAAAAGCGUAAGCUUCAACAGCUUGCUAUUACAGGGCCCUGAUUUAUUGUGCUCUUUGUUAGAUAUCCUAUUUCGCUUCAGAGAGGGCGCUGUGGCAUUAAAUGCUGACAUUAAAGAAAUGUUUCCGCAAAUAAAAAUUGCUGAAAAGGAUAGGGAUGCUCAACGCUUUCUUUGGCGUAAUAAAGAUGGCACAAUUAUGGAGUACCGUAUGAAAGCUAUGAUUUUCGGUGCUGUAUGUAGUCCAUUUAUUGCGCUCUAUAUUAAAAACAAAAACGCAAAGAAAGCAGAGGCCACCUAUCCCCUCGCAUAUAAAGCAAUAGUGGAAGAUCAUUAUAUGGAUGACUACCUCGGAAGCCACUCUAAUGUCACUGAAGCAGCACAGAUAGCGUCCGAUAUAAUCACUGUACAUAAAACAUGCGGUUUUGAAAUGCGGGGUUGGAUAUCAAACAACUCACAAGCAUUGUCUCUCGUCCCCAAAAACCUCAGAAGCGAAUCGAAUUCCGACGUUUACUUACCACCAAACAACGACGUUGGUAUUCUAGGCGUUAAAUGGAACCCUCUCCAUGACUCGCUCACCUUUCGUACAGGACACCAAUUACCUGACGUUCUAACCAAACGUAGCUUACUAUCCAAUAUUAUGAAGGUGUAUGACCCACUUGGCCUAUUAAUGCCUAUCAUCAUCUCGGGUCGUAUCCUAUUUCAGAAACUGUGGCGAGCAGGUAUUGACUGGGAUACCCCCAUACCUCACAAAUUUAUCGUUGAAUGUGAAGACUGGUACACUAAAUUACAGGGUACUGCCAAUAUCAAAAUCGCACGUUGGUAUAUGUGUAAGUCAGAUCCUAUCGACGUUCAGCUGCAUGUCGUAGCUGACGGCGGCGAACAGGCUUACGCCUGUGUCGCAUAUUGGCGUUUUACCUACAACGACGGUUCAAUUUCCACAGCGCUUAUAGGUAGUAAAGCACGUGUCGCACCUUUAAAACCGCUCUCCAUACCUCGCUUGGAGUUGCAGGCAGCACUCAUUGCUUCGCGAUUCGCACAAACCAUUCUACGCGCGCAUCGUUUUAACCCCUCCACGAUAACUUACUGGACGGACUCGACCACUGUACUUAAAUGGAUCCGCAGUGACGCUCGGACAUUUAAACCUUUUGUCGCCCACAGGUUGGGAGAGAUACUGGAGACCACAAAUCCGUGCAAUUGGAGGUGGAUUCCUACCUCUCUCAACGUGGCCGAUGAUGCCACUAAACCCAAAAAUAUAGACUUAUCUCUAUCUCACAGAUGGUUUACCGGUCCACCAUUCCUUUUAGAACCACCACUUCUUUGGCCGACUGAGAAUGAAAGCGACGCAGAGGAGAUUUCACCAGACCCCGAGCUAAAGUCGGAACUUGUGAUGUUGCUCUCCUGCGUCCAAUCACCUGAUCCCCCAGUACCUAUUGCAAUUCGAUUCAGUUCGUGGCCUCGUUUACUACGUGCUACCGCUCGCGUUCUCCAAGGUGCACGUCUGUUUCGGCUUAAACUAUCUCGGCCAAUUAACAUAAAUUCUAAAUUGUUUCUAGAUGACACCACAUCUCCCUCACAACUUCGUGUUCGGGACGUCAUAGAAGCCGAGAAGAUGCUAUUCCGUCGAGCUCAAAUAGACAGCUUCCCCGGAGAGCUGAAAGCCAUCCAAACUACGCAGCCCCUGCCCAGAAACAGUCGCAUUGCUACACUUGCACCGGUACUAGACGAAGAUGGAUUAUUACGAAUAGAUUCUCGUAUAAAACGUGCCCCAGACGUGUGUGAGAAUGCGAAAUCACCUAUCAUUCUGGAUGGCCGCCACCAUAUCGCACGGCUACUGAUUCUCCAUCAUCACAUACAGUCAGCACAUGCAUUCAAUGAGCUCAUCUUAAACGAAAUAAGACAAAGAUUUUGGAUACUAAGAGCGCGAAAUACUAUCCGCAGCGUAGUACACACAUGUAUGCAGUGUCGCAGAUGGAAAGGCAAGGUAAUCAAGCCACAGACUGGCGACUUACCGCUAGAACGAGUUGACCACAGCAAAAGACCAUUUACACAUGUAGGGCUCGAUUACUUUGGCCCUAUUGUAGUUACCGUACAUCGUCGCAACGAAAAACGGUAUGUCGCCCUUUAUACAUGCCUAGUCACAAGAGCGUUACAUCUCGAAGUAGUACCUUCGCUUUCAGCCGACGCCGCCAUAAUGAGCCUGAGGCGUUUCAUAGCUCGUCGAGGAUCCCCUUGUACCAUAUACUCGGACAAUGGUACGAAUUUUGUUGGUGCUUUCCGUGAGUUACGAUGCCUUUAUGACGACCCGGUGGUAGAGUACGCAACCAACCACAAAAUUGAGUGGCAUUUCAUCCCACCUGCGUCGCCAUUCAUGGGCGGAGCCUGGGAGAGACUUGUGCGAACCGUCAAAACAGCCUUGAGAUCCUGUCUGAGCAGAAAAACAAUAAAGGAGGAAACAUUAGUCACACUCCUACUCGAAGCGGAAGCCAUCAUCAACGCGAGGCCACUCACGUAUAUUUCGCCAUCGCCACACGCACCCGAGGCAUUAACGCCAUUCCACUUCAUCCUGGGCACUUCAUCAACAACACCAUGGACAAGUUCGCUAACAGACGCCGACUUAGUACGCAGAUGCGAUUGGAGGAGGGUACUGCGUCUGGCUGAUCACUUCUGGGCACGGUGGCUGCGCGAAUAUUUACCGACGCUCCGGUCAAGAGGACCCCACAGAGGGACGGCAACCGUAGCUGAGGGUGAUGUGGUGCUCAUCGCCGACUCUUCCCUACCUCGUGGCCUCUGGCCCCUAGGUAGAAUAGUCAAGGUCUAUCCAGGCCCGGACGGAGUGGUCCGCGUGGCGGACGUCCUUACUAAAGGCGGUACGUUACGCAGACCAGUCCGAAAAUUAAUUUUAAUGCAAGAAGAGCCGCAGUCGGUCGCCACCAGUAGUUAG